AUGGAUGAUUGUCGCCCAACCAAGCGCCGGCGGGAGAGUGUUUCCGAUGCCGGCCAUGAGAAACCCGAGGCCACUGCGUCCAAUUCCAAGGGUUGCUCGAAGAAGCUCGCAGGCCAGAUUGCUGAAUACCAUCGCGCGCACGACAACGUCCUGCGCAAGGUCACGUUGCUUCAACGUAACAUCACCACGACCACCGGCAAGAUACGCUCGUCCUUCGUGCGUGCCGUCGAUUUGCAUAACCAACUGGCCGAAUGGCUGCAGUCACAUGGCGAGCUCCUCAGCUCCCGAUGCUGCAAGUGCGAUGACCCCCAGUUCCGGUACCUGUUCGCCGACUGCAAGCAUAAAGCUUGCGAAGCCUGCGUAUCGGUCUCCGGCCGCUGCUGCGACACGAGUCAACACAUUCUGAGGGUUUUCUUCGAGCCAUGUCCCAUUUGCUUGAGCUCAGGCACCGGCAACGAGAUGGUAGUGUUCACUUGUGGCCACGUCGCGUGCAAAGUAUGCUUCGACGAACUCCAGAUGGAAAUCAAGUCAACCUUUCCCGACUUUGUGUGCAUUUGGGGCACCUCGGACGGUUUGCCCGACCUCCAGGUAGUUCUCGACAUCAACAUUCCAACCGUGCGUGGUCUCAUCUCGAAAGCGGUCCGUCCUGGCUCGCUCGAUUUUCACCGAGAGAUUGAUAAUACGAACGGCAACAAGUACGCGGAGACGAAGAUCCUAUGCGACGAUCCCGACGACCAUCCGAUCCGCGGUUGGUACAACGGCUCGAAGAAGGUCAAAGCCAGGGUUUUGGACCUCAAAGAGCUCACGCAAGACCAAGUCAAUGAUGCUCUUGACGCUGAGGAGAAAGAUGAAUACCACGAGCAUGGGCAGGAGGCAGAGCAAGAUGGAGGAGAAUGCAGGGACUCGAGUCUGGACUUCAACAGCAAAAGCUUUGCGUUUGUUCCGGUCGAGGAGGCGCCUGCCCAUGGAUGGUGA